AUGAAGCCUACGAUCACAUGGUAUCGGAAUAGGGAACUACGUGCCUACAAGAUACCCGACAGCGUAGACGAGGCCCUGGGACCGGUAGCGACCUACCAUAUUGAGCCCAACGAUGAAGUCCAGAGUCAUGCAACCACUCCAAACCUCGACUGCGCAGUCUACACGACCCGCAACAAGGUGACGUGCGUUGGCCAGGAUGGUGGGCCGCUGUGGUGCUACAACCUAGAGCCUCAUACUCCCGAGCGCUUACCCAGAACCGAGUGCAUAUUCUCCCUCGAUGGGAACUUGCUGUGGCUGUACCGGCCGGACGCGAUGACAGAUCGUGGUCCCGACCGAUUGGUUGUUUUGCUUGCGAGUACGGGGGAGACGGUCGCACAGGCAGAGCUAGACACCGUCGGACAGGCAGCCCAGUUCGUGCAACAUCCCGACGGGCGUCAUGUCAUGCUCGAUGUGGGCGAGGGCCAGGACGGGGUAAAACUAUUCCUCGCGGCACUCGCCGACAGUGGUGGGAUAGACCUGCACUCCUACGGUUGGGACGACCGGGCCCUAAUUGAUAUCGCGCCGAAUGGGCAAUGUUUUAUGACCGUCGACCACGGUCGGUACGAUGUCGCCUUUCACACGUUUCCCAGUGGUGAGGAAAUCUUGCGGCUGCCGAUCACCGCUUUCGGUUAUGAGGAUGACGAAGAGGACAAAGAGGACGAUUCAUUUGUGGACUGGGGCGGCGGCUUUCUCAACGCCGAUAUUGCGGUUGUCGUUAUUACGGGCGAGCUGAAUGAUGAGGAAUGGUACCACUAUUAUCAGGUCGACUUGCGCACUGGUAAGCCACUCGGUCGCUUUGAAGCGCACUCCACCGAGAUCGAUGGCUUCCAAGCCCUUGGUGAUGGCACUUGGAUCGCCUCCGAUUUUAAUGGUAACCCAGUACGCCAUCUGUCGUAUAGUCAAUGA